CUAGAGUCACUUCUAAGUGUAGAAACUGGUUAUAGUGAAAUCUAGUUUAUUCCAACAUACUUUUACCAGAAACUAAGUUUCUUAAAUGGCUAGAAAUUUCUAUACCGCUACUAAAAUAAAAAAUACGGGCCAAUUUUUUCUCAGAAACCUCUUCUGGUAUGCAUUGUAAAUAGGUUCGUGAAGGUUAAAUAUGUUACGGUUAUUCUUUUCCUUUGCAUUUCCUCGAAGGGUACCUCAAAAGCUAUUAGGAGAAGUUAGUCGAUUACACAGGUUUUUGUAAAUAAGAGGUGUUUUCCCUCAUCAAUUUGCAAUUAGAAUGUGGUGUUACAACCAAAAAGGCAUUAAGUACAAACAGUCUUAAAAUAUAUUUUUCUAAAUAACCGUAACAAUCAAACUGUGUAAGAAAAGCUAAUUUUGAAUCGUGUCUUCUUGUGUAAAUUAUUUUGUUCUCUAGUUAUGUAUCUUGUUAAUGUAACGUUGAAUUCAUUACUCAUAUUCGCUGAUAAGUUGUCAGUCUCGUUUAUAUUUAUGUUGAUACAAAUUAUCCAUUGCAAGACGAUCGACAAUUAUUAUUUAACUGAGCCACUGAAUAUACUUAUGAAUUUAUUUUUUGAUUCUGGUCAUUAUCUCAAAUUUAAAAAAUAUGCCAAAGUUCUGCCGAUUUUCAAAGUAUACUGCACAUAAAAGGUAACAAUCUACCGUCCAAUAUCCUUAUUGCCCAUCUUUGAUAAUACAUUUGAAAAACUGGUAUACUCGCGCUUUCUUGCAUUCUUCACAAAUGAAAUAUCCUAUAUCCCAAUAUCAAUCUUCCUUUAUUUUGGGAAGCCAUUCAAACACGGUCAAUUACCAGAUUAUCGAUAGUAAACUAGAACUUUACGAUAUUAGAAGAAGGACUCUACUGAAAUGGUUUCGUUCAAGUUUGAGUGACAGAACUUUUAGGGAGAGAAAACCAAAAAGUGUGUCCAAAAGGUUUACCGUAACCUUAACAUCUGUUACAGUAGUUAAAUUCAAUAAUGCUGAGAAUAUAUACGAAGGAGCAUGAAAUGCCAGAAAACGUAAAAAGUAACCAGAAUUGUUGGAUUUCGAUUUAUAUUAGAAUCUAAAAUUGUUUCUUUUGAUGUAAAUCAAGUGCGUAGAAAGUUGUAAGCUAGGUGGUAAGAGCACUUAACCUAGGCUAGGACUCACCCACUCACAUGAAACUCGACAGAAAAGUUGGUGGAGGGGACAAAAAAGACAAAAGAGGAGAGGAUAAUCUCCUGGCAGUCAAUUGUUGCUGUUGUUGCUGAUUGGCAAAGACCACGGUGGCAAAGACUGGCUUUUCAACAUGGCUCCAACGAAAAUCAAGUUGUUUGAAUAUUUACGUAGAACAUGCAACACGAGAUCGGUGAAGAUAAAAUGGCAAGAGUGACAAUUGAAGGAAAGAAAAAACUUAGUGUGAACAAGAGAACAAUUGACAUGGCAAUCAAGGGGUCUUUGGGGCAUAUAGAAGGAAAUGAAACCAUAGAUGAUCAUCACACUAACAUUGUAAUGUCAACAAAAUCAUUGAUAGAUCAAGGAAAUUUGUUGGAGAAGAGCAGAAGGACAAGUGAACCAGUGGAAAAAUGUAAACGACUCUUGCAUACAUUGGCAGCUAGAAGCUCCAGAAGAAGCACUGAAUACAAACAUUUGAUGCUAGCCAUGAAAAAGACAGAAGAUUCAAGCUCUUUAUACCAAAAUCUGCCAGUGUCGUGUUAUCAUUGCAGACUUCAGCGAUUGCAAUCGCUGUUCGUUUGGAAUCAAAUACAUGACCUUUUUAAUCCUAAAGCCGUUUCCAAGGACAUUGGAAGGUAUCCCGCUAAGGUAGUUUCUGCACCAGAACAAAACUCAUUGCUAAUAACAUCCAGAAGUAUUUCUCGAAGAAACAGCUGCUUUGUACAAGAAAGUUUAAAAGAAUCGUACCAUAAGAAAACUGAGAAAGAUACGAGUAACCCUACACGUGUAAGCACUAAGAAUUGUGGGUUAGCUGUAUCAGGUAGAAAGCAGUUUGAUGAUUCCCCUGCCAACGAUGUCCGUCGCUCUGCAGCCAGUUUUGCAAUCGAAGCUGAAAAGGUGAUUGGAUUCGAUUUGUCAGAACGCUGUGUUCGUAAGACUUCUACAGAUAUAUCAAGAGUUGCACAUUCAAAAACAAUUUAUAGAGGGAAGGACAGCAAUGUUAGAAAAUGUUCCCAAUGGAAAACGCCGCAGGCAAAAGGCGCAAUUGAAACUCCUGCCAGGAAAAAGGAUUCGACGAAAAUGGAAAGUCACGGCUCACCAACUUCUUUUUCAUGUACGGAUGAGCUUCGCGAAAGACAUGCCAGCAGCAAUCAAAGAAGUAUUUUGAAAAUGGAUGGCUCUUCAAUGUCUUCAAACGACGUUUAUACCAGUCACCCAGGAACUAAGAAAGUUAAUAGACAGCAUGAUGAUGCGAAUGAUGGCGUUAUGGUGUUAGAAGAAUUACCCAGUAUACCAAGAGGAACAAAAGAAAGCAUAACCAAUGAAAGAACCCACGAAACCAAAUCAUGUCUUCCUGCGACUUCAAAUUCACGCUGCAAAACAAAAAAUAGUUCUUCUUCUCGCUUAACAAACAUCAGAAGCAAUAACAACAGCAACAACGGAAGCAGUAUUUUGAAUCACUGUUCGAUAUGCUUGAUGGAGUUUCCUUUAAACGUUUCGCAAAAUCCGAAACUCUUAUUGCGAGGUACCGAAAUACCCAAGUGUGUUUUUCAAAGCAAAGAUUUACUAGAACCAAGCAAACAUGGCGGUAGCCGAUCAAGGUCAAAGGGAAAAGGAAAGCUUUUCCAUAACCAAAACCCAAUUGUUUUCUUUGUUUUUCUGAGUAAGGUUUUCAUAAUUUGUGGGUUUAGAGUGGUAAGGUGUGACUUCUUAGAAAUUAUUUUUUAGAAUUUUUAACUUGGCAUCCUAAAUCUUUAAAAGUGACACCAUGAAAAAUCUCUGAAUAUGCCAAGUAUGUAAAAUGUGUUAAAAAUUGGGUAAAAUAUGUCUAAUUAGAGAUUUGAAAUUUGCUGACGGAGCACUGUGAUUUUAUCUUGAUUCAUAAAGCUUCAAAUAAAGACUAAAAUUCUGUGAUUUGAAAGCAAAAGAGCCUGUAAUCGUGUAGCUGUAACUGAUUCUGCACAUUUAGAAAUAUUUCAAGAUUCUCGUUCAGGAUUUAUAGAAUUCAAUUUCAGCAACUGUAAAAACUGAUUUUUGUGACGCCAUUUUUUUAUAGACACUUUUCUUUAUGUAUAUAAAAUUGUGCUCAGCAACUUUGAACACUAAUUACGAGUCAACUUGCUUAUGGAAGAGAAUGGCAUUUUUUGUUAUUUCAACGAUUGGGGGUUAUUUCAUUUUUGUACAGUUUUGGUUUGAAUGAAUAUGCUGUUUGAAAAUUGUUGAGCUAUAGCUCUGGUUCAAAACCAAGCUUUUGUUUUCUUGUUAUCCCUUUCUAUCUUUUCUCAUUUCAGCUGCCUGUUUUGCAAGCUCAUUUCUCUGAAUU